AUGUACUUCAAAGAAGGCAAAUAUCAUGAUGCUAUAGAGUAUUGUAAAAAAUCUUUAAUAAUUUGUUUAGAAAAUCUGCUAUUCGAUCAUCCCUUUAUAGCUGAUUGCUAUGAAUUUUUGAGUAUCAUCUAUCGAUAUGAUGGUGAAAUCGCUGAAGCUUCUAAAUUAAUGGAAAUAGCUAUUGAACAACGCUUAAAAGAAGCACCGGCGAAUCAAAUUAAACUUGGUUAUUCAUAUCUGAACCUUGGUGAACUUUGGGCUGACACAUAUCACCACAGAGAGGCACUAAAUUACUAUCGUAAAGCUGAAAAAAUAUGGUGUCAACAUUUGCCAAAACUUGAUACUCGAUUUGUGAUAUUAUACGCCGCUAUAGGAUAUGUUUAUGGUCAUGUUAAAAGUGAUUUCAUAGUUGCAGGUGGUUAUUUAGAGAAAGCAUUGGAGAUUGAAGUUAAUCUUUUGAAAACAUUUUUGAAGAAAGAUAGUAUUUUACUCGGCCAUUUAUAUAAUGCUCUUGGAGAAAAUUAUUGUAAUCGUGGUAAAUACAUGGAAGCUUUAACAUGCUACGAGAAAUCAUCAGCUAUCUAUGACUAUUAUUUGUCACCUCUUCACAUCGAUUGGUUCAAUCUUUUUUCUCUCAUCGAUCUGUGUCAACGAGAAUUAGAAAAGUACAGUCUGUCAAUAACAUACCAUGAAAAAGCGCUUGACAUUCUACUGAAUCAAAAAUCUGUAUCUCAGAAUAAGGAACUCAUCGGUGCUACCUAUGGCAAUAUCACUGCUGUGCAUGUUUUAAAUGGAUUAUAUCGAAAAGCAAUUAAUUAUUUCGAAAAAGAAAUAAACAUAAGAUCAGAAAUAAUUUCAGAUCAUUCGGUUGGUUUUAUUGUCACAUAUUCGAAUUUGGGCAAUGCUUAUUUAAGUAUAAAUGACUAUUCAACAGCACUCAAAUAUUUAAAUAUGGCUCUUGAUAUAUCAAAAGAAACAUUGCCGAAAUAUCACGAAACACUAAGUUCACUUUACAAUAAUUUAGGAAUACUUUAUAAAGAGCAAGGAAAACUUGACCAAGCUAUAGAAUAUUUUCAAUUGUCAUUAGAAGUUCAAUUACAUUGCUUGUCGCCUGAACGCCCAUCAUUAGUAUCAUCCUAUAAUAAUUUAGCUUGUACAUAUGCAUCAAUGCUCAACUAUGAUAAAUCUGUCAAGAACUUUGAAGAUGCUUUGGCUAUUUUUCAUAAACACGAAGAGUUAAAUAAUCCAGUUUUAGCUAAACUCAAGACAAACAUUGGUUUUUGUUAUUAUCGAUUGGAUGACUGUAAUAAAGCGAAAGACUAUCUUCAACAAAGUCUUACUAUUUUACAAUAUUUCUAUAUUGAUGGAGAACAUUUUCAAUUUGCGUCUAUGUAUAACGCUCUUGCUCUAGUUAAAUGCGCUUAA